CGAAAAGGUCUGUAACAAACUCAAAUUCUGUGAAACAAACAGAAAGAGGCCAGGCCAUUAGUUAUAGACACUUUCUCAAGGCCAGAGCCUCAAGGCCUCCGCCUGUAGACACCAAAGAAAAUAAGUUACCUGUCACACGUAGUAAGUGCAUAUCGUUGCCGUCGUGUACAAACCUUAUUGAGAGAGAGAGGCAAAUGGCAAGCAGAGUGAUAAUUUCACUAGGGAUGUUUGCUGUCAUCGCAGGGACAGCGCUUCAUCUGGCAUGUGUUGUCCUACCGAAGUUCUUCUUAAUGCCAGAGAUGACAGAUGUUGCUCAGAAAUUUAUUGAAGUUUCUGAAAGCAGAGACCCUUACUUCUUCAGUACAGAUGCAGUGGAAGUAAAAGAAGCAUUUCUCCUGGCAGCAAAGUACUCCUCUGUUUACUAUGGACUGUGGAAGGUCUGCUCUUCUGACAUACGAUCUGAUUUUGAACACUGCUACGAUUUUUCCUUGAGUGGAGGUUCUACUGAUGUUGAUGUUGAGGAUUUUGCCUUUAAAACUCCAGGGUGGUUAGUUGCCUGUCAGGCUCUUUCAGUUAUUGGCACCAUCACAGCUGUUGGGACUGCUGUCCUGGCUAUGUUGAUUUUGUGCAGUCCUCCGUGUAAGCUGUUCAAUCCCAUCUGGGCAGGGUUGAUAAGUGGCCUUGCUGCGGCCUUCAUCUUUGUCAUGAACGUCGUAUUCCUGACUCAAAACUCAGCUGGCUUCCUCUUUUGGGCCUUCCUUCCUGAUGUAUCAGAAGAUGCAAGCCUGGCUGAUAAGCCCAGGUCCGAGAUGGCGGAAUUAUUCACCCAGAAAUUAGAAACUGGGUGGUGUGUUUGGGUUGAUUUGACCUCUGGUGGACUGUGUCUUGUGGCUUCUAUUGUGUUCUUUUAUGCCUCAUGCUCUGCCAAAAGGGUGUACAGAAAGUCAAAUAGACGGGAGAAUGCAGACGGUGAGGAUGAUGAGCAAUUUGGUUUUACUAAAACAACUAAAACAUCACGUGGCACCAACACCUAAACUUGAUGGACAAAGGCCAAUGUUUACUUUAUUUUGCUUGAACAUACAGAUGAAUACUGUGCCUAUGAAUGUUUUUGCUUUUGAAUUUAUUCCUGUCUGUGUAAUAUUAUACCGUGCACAACCCGGUACAGAAUCUAAUAUUUAGGGGCAUUUCUAGCUUGGACUUGAAACGUAAAUUGCUGCAACUUGUUUCAGUUCUUAUUCAGUCAAAUUUAUUUUGGAACUAGCAUCAAACCCGAUACCGGUGUCUGUGGUGUAACCUUUAGGCGCUUGGCCGUCACACACAGGAGACCCAAAUUCAUUUUGCAAAUGAGGAGAAUUUUUAUUCAGUGCCAGUAUCUAGGUCAUUUUGUUGGGAUGCUGUAUCCCUUUCAAUGCACGUUGGCCGUGAUAGGUAGGGUUGAAACUUGCCUCCUAAAUGAUCUGGAAAUAAAAUUAUGUUGACAGAGGCUUAAAAACCCUCUUUGAAAGGAGAAAAAAUACUGGAUCGAUAAACAUAAAUUAUGCUGUACAGAGCAACAGAAUGGUGUGGGAACCACUCAUGUGGGGUGGAUCUGCCCAGUUCAAAUUUUGUUUUUAUGUCAGUAUCUGGCGUGAAGAGUAUACUUCAAGGCACACUUUAUCUUGUUUCAUUGCCAUGCUUUUUUUUACUGCUACCCUUCAGCAGCUGUCAUCACACUUGAGUUUGAAAGACCUAGUUCAGUACCUGGAUGUGUUUUUACUGAAUUCAUUGUACCAGGCUUGUGCCUAAUGGCUGAUUUUACCCCGGUUUUGUCUUGCUGCACAAACCCCCCCCUUACCUUACUACAGUAGACUGCCUUGCUUGAUCUUUCCCAAAGAAGUGUAUAGUUGAAGGCUGUACAGAGUGAUGAAUGGUUAAGAGGAUCUACUGCUGAAAUUUCUUUGAUAUUAUUCUAGCAUCUGCGAUUGUGGCCGCGAUUUUUGUCUUUUUUAGGUUCGCGAAUCGGGCUGCGAUUUUUGCAUUAAAAAUUUUUUUUAAACCCUGCCGUGGAAUUUAAAAAAUUAAAAA